AUGGGACAGAAUGAUCAAACAACCUCUAACAAAGCCCUGCUGGGACCGCAGUUGAUAUUUUCACUUUUAUGUUUUUGCGAAAGCAAAAACUCCGAAUGCAACGAAAAUGCCUACGAGACUGUGCUCACCCAGUCUGAGGUGCUCCGGAGAGCUGCACAGGAGUUAGCAGCACGCUACAGUAAACUCGUGACCGAGAACGACUUGAACAGUCGGGAGAUUGACGUGCGCGAAGCCAAACACCGUACCGAGGUCAAGAUACUGCAAACGGAGCUUGAAAAAGCAAAUGUUGAACUAAAUCGCGCAAAGGAAGAGCUGAGUGGCUGUCAACAGGAGAUUCGACGACUAAACAGCGUCCAUUCCUCUCUGGAGUCUCUCAAGGGCCACCUACAGUUGCAGCUGAAACAUCGCGAAUCCGAAUGCAGUCGCCUCGGCACACAGCUUCGAAAAGCGGACGAUAAGCGAUCGCGCGAACUGGAGAAG